UUUAAUGUGCGUGCCUGUGUUUGCUUUCUCCGACUUGCUUUGAUUCCAGCGAUCAGCUGCAGAGAGAGAAAAAAAGAGAGAAAGAAAGAAAAACCCCACAUAUAACAGUCCGCCUGGCGAUUUUACCACUUUUAAAAAUUUUUGAAUAAAGGAGGAAGAUUUGCGCUGUUGUUUCUGAUUCAUGUUUGGGAUUCAGGAAAGCAUCCAGCGGAGUGGGAGCAGCAUGAAGGAAGAGCCCCUCGGCGCGGGGAUGAACGCGGUGCGGACGUGGAUGCAGGGAGCCGGCGUCCUGGACGCCAGCACGGCCGCUCAGAGCGGAGUGGGUCUGGCCCGGGCUCACUUCGAGAAGCAGCCGCCUUCCAACCUGAGGAAGUCCAACUUUUUCCACUUCGUCCUGGCUCUGUACGACCGGCAGGGGCAGCCCGUGGAGAUCGAGCGCACCGCCUUCGUGGGCUUCGUGGAGAAGGAGAAGGAAGCCAACAGCGAAAAGACCAACAACGGGAUCCACUACCGCCUGCAGCUGCUCUACAGCAAUGGGAUCAGGACGGAGCAGGAUUUCUACGUGCGCCUCAUCGACUCCAUGACCAAGCAGGCAAUAGUAUAUGAAGGCCAAGACAAGAACCCAGAAAUGUGCCGAGUUCUGCUCACGCAUGAAAUAAUGUGCAGCCGCUGUUGUGACAAGAAAAGCUGUGGCAACAGAAAUGAGACUCCAUCAGAUCCAGUGAUAAUUGACAGGUUCUUCUUGAAAUUUUUCCUCAAAUGUAACCAAAAUUGCCUAAAAAAUGCAGGAAACCCUCGAGACAUGCGUCGAUUCCAGGUCGUGGUGUCUACAACAGUCAAUGUUGAUGGCCAUGUGCUGGCAGUGUCAGACAAUAUGUUUGUGCACAACAAUUCCAAGCACGGGCGGAGAGCUCGAAGACUCGAUCCCUCGGAAGCUACACCAUGUAUCAAAGCCAUCAGUCCAAGUGAAGGAUGGACUACAGGAGGUGCCACUGUCAUCAUCAUAGGAGACAAUUUCUUUGAUGGGUUACAGGUCAUAUUCGGCACCAUGCUGGUUUGGAGUGAGCUGAUUACUCCACAUGCCAUCCGUGUACAGACGCCUCCCCGACAUAUCCCAGGGGUUGUAGAAGUCACAUUGUCCUACAAGUCUAAGCAGUUUUGCAAGGGAACGCCUGGAAGAUUCAUUUACACAGCUCUGAACGAACCCACCAUUGACUAUGGUUUCCAAAGGUUACAGAAGGUUAUCCCCCGGCACCCCGGUGACCCCGAACGCUUGCCAAAGGAAGUAAUACUUAAGAGGGCUGCUGAUUUAGUAGAAGCACUCUAUGGUAUGCCACAUAAUAACCAGGAGAUAAUCCUGAAAAGAGCUGCAGACAUCGCUGAAGCGCUCUACAGCGUCCCCCGCAACCACAACCAGCUCCCCGCCCUCGCCAACACCUCCGUCCACGCGGGAAUGAUGGGAGUGAAUUCCUUCAGUGGCCAGCUCGCUGUCAAUGUCUCCGAAGCCUCCCAAGCCACCAACCAGGGUUUCACUCGCAACUCCAGCAGUGUGUCACCUCAUGGCUACGUGCCAAGCACCACCCCGCAGCAGACAAACUACAACUCUGUCACAACAAGCAUGAAUGGCUAUGGGAACGCUGGAAUGUCAAAUUUAGGCGGUUCUCCAACCUUCCUGAAUGGAUCUGCUGCAAAUUCUCCCUAUGCCAUUGUGCCAUCAAGUCCAACAAUGGCCUCCUCCACUAGCCUCCCCUCCAACUGUAGCAGCUCCUCUGGGAUUUUCUCCUUCUCACCAGCCAACAUGGUCUCAGCGGUGAAACAGAAGAGUGCGUUUGCGCCUGUCGUGAGACCCCAAACCUCCCCCCCUCCCACCUGCACCAGCACCAAUGGCAAUAGCCUGCAAGACCAGUCUUUUGUGGACUCUAGCAAGUACUCCACUGCAGGGUCUCUCCAGGGGCUGGCCUUCUCCUGAACUAUAUCUGGCAUGAUUGUUCCCCCCAUGUGAAAGAAUUGCCUUGAAGAAUUUUAUUAAUGAAGAGGUUGAAUUCUGCUUCAGAGAGAAUCUGAUACAAGUCCCAGAGUGGAACUUUUUACUCAGGCCUUUUUAAAAAUAAAAAAGAAAUAAAGAAGGAUCUUACAAUAACUGCAGAUUUUUAAACGAAAGAAAAAUCACCAUCCUUGCAAAUACUGAAAUUAACAAUCCACAAUUGCAAGGUGUUGAUUCAAGUUGUCCAUCCCAAAUACCUGGGAGAUAUAUUUAUUGUAUGUUGAUAAAAA